AUGCCAACCAAAACAGCGCUGCAAAACGGCAGCGUUACCGCCAAUGGUGCACCUAUGGCCCAAUCGCAGGAUCAGAAAACGGCAAUCGCUCCCAAACGGCGGAAAACGGUACCCAAGAAGGUCGAGGAUGAGGGCCUGAUGGCUUCGCUGUGCACGCUGAUUUGCGACCACCAGAUUGGUAUCUCUGUCAACCUCCUUUCGCUGCUCUUCCUUACGCACUUCUCCUUCCCUCGCGCGCGAGAUCGAACCACCAAGUUCUUCCAAAUGUCCUACUACAACCCAGACACCAACAUGUACGGGUGCGGCACCGACGAUCUGCCCUACGUCAUCUUCUGGACUGUGGCCUUCACCGGUCUUCGAGUCGCGGUUAUGGACUAUAUGCUGGACCCGCUGGCCAGAUUGGGAGGCAUCAGGACAAAGAAGGGCCUUGACAGGUUCAAGGAACAGGCAUGGCUGAUCGUUUACUACACCAUUUCCUGGUCGUUGGGCAUGUACAUCAUGUACCAUUCGGACUUCUGGCUGAACCUCCACGGCAUCUGGGAAGGCUGGCCUUUCCGCGAGGUUGACGGUCUUUUCAAGUGGUACUACCUUGUGCAGUGGGGCUUCUGGAUCCAGCAGAUUCUUGUUGUCAACAUUGAGGAGAAGCGCAAGGACUACACGCAGAUGCUCACGCACCAUGUUUUCACGACCGCGCUCAUGUUCCUCUCCUACGGUUACUACCACAUGCGCGUCGGUACCGUGAUCCUGUGCAUCAUGGACUUUGUCGACAUCAUCCUCCCUACCGCUAAACUCCUCAAAUACAUGGGCUACACCAAUGCCUGUGAUAUUGCCUUUGGGGCUUUUGUUCUUUCCUGGAUCCUCACCCGCCACAUCUUGUACAUGAUGGUCUGCUGGUCCAUCUACGCUUUCGCCCCUGUCGACAUGGCACCCGGCUGCUACUACUCCAACAAUGCCUUCGUCCCCAUGUCCAACACCACCGAAUUUGACCGCCUCGGCGGCAACGCGCCUUGGAGCAACCUACUCAAAGCGUACACCGACCAGAACGGUCCUAUCUGCUGGAAUCCGAACCUCCGAUACUACUUCCUCGCACUCCUCCUUUCACUACAGGUCUUCUGUCUCAUAUGGUUUGGCACAAUCGCGAAGGUUGUGUACAAGGUGAUGAAGGGGGAUGCUCCCGAGGAUAUUCGCUCUGACGAUGAGGGAGAUGACGAGGGUAUCGAGGAGACUGAGAAGACGAACACGAUUCUGAACAUGGCAACGACAUGCACAGAAAGCGGCAUGAGCCAGCCACUGGAGGAAGAGGUGGGUGUUGAUGCGCUCACGUUCGCACGUAUGAACGGUGCGAGCCAGAGGCGCCAGGCGAGGCGCGAGAGCUCGAGGGCCAGUGGUAUCAGCAUCCCCGGCCAUGGGGAUCACAAGGAGCUGUUGGGUCGCAUCGGCUGCGACAAGCCCUCGUAG